UAUCUUUCCGCAGAUGACAGGAGGUGCUUGCACCGCACAAAUAUGCAUUGAAGUUCUACAUUCUCUUGACAUUUGACUCUUCCUGUCAGCCUUAUCUAGCCAUUUACACCCAAAAGACAGCAGGUUGAUAUUACCAGCCUUCAAUAUAAGGUGAUACUCAAGGAGAUGGUGCCAAAACCUCUUUGGUUAGUUUUUAUGACAACAAUGCAAUUGAUCAUCAAUGGCCGCAGCCGAGCACAGGUCACAGUGAUCCGAGGCCACAACGUCACCCUUGAGUUCAUAUUUAACAUCAACAUCACUAACAGCAACCAUUUUGCAGUUUAUGUUGAGGGUGACAAAAAGAAGGCAGAGCACUGUCCUUGGAUAGGUUGCUCAAGAGAACGUGGUUUUGAAAUUUACUCUGAAAAGUCUUCGGUAUUUUGCCAAAUUACAAACCUCACACAAGGUCACAGUGGAACAUAUAGGGCCAUACUGUUCCCACAAAGUGGACCAACGAAAGAAAGUAAUGAAGUUCACCUUAUCGUUCAAGAGGAGAAGAGCAACAACACCGUUUUACGUGCACAGGAGAACAGAAAUUCAACCAAAUAUCCACCAAGUUUUUUUUCCAGCGUAACCAACACUUCACUUGUGGUUUUACCAGUCAUCUCAUUCGCUGCAACAUUGCCCUGGUUCUUCUGCUGUUUUGUCCGAGCUAGAGGUAUGGAUUUGAUUCACUUCAUUUCUUCAACCAACUUUAUUGUUAGUUUUCAAAUGGAAAAGACUACAAUGGGCCAAUAAAGCGCGAAAAAAACCCUCACCCUCGACACAGGCAACAAGUGUGGUGACUAAUAUCAUGAUAGAAGCUGAUUUAACCUACAGUGUCCUGGACUUCCCUAAAACAGAGGCUACGCUGCCGGACAGCAAGCCAAAUGAUAGAGAAUAUGUCCAUGUUCAUGUCAUGGUUUAAGUACAGGUCUAUGAUCGUAAGCAAAAGUUGGGAAAACGUACUGCACCUAAAUACAGUACAGUAAAUGUCGAUAGUAAAUUAAUAUUUGAAUAGAUAAAUGCUUUACUCUGUUAAAAAUCUUUAUAAAAGAAGAAAUGUGUUCUCUUUAAAGAAAGCUAUGAUCGUUUGGGAUUUUACCUUGUUUAAAUUUACAAUCUAUACAGCACUGUUUGUACAACGACACUGAAAAAAAUAGUGGAUUGGAUUUUAUUGUGUGCAACCACCUGAAGAAAUGAAUUUGAGUAAAUAUAACACACCGUUUUUUUUCCAAGUGUAAUACAGUCCAUGAUAAGUUGUGAGGAGGCGGGGAGUGUUAACAAAGUUGUACUUUUAUUUUCUGUUAUGGUGUCCGCAUAGUGGUUAGCAUGUCUUAACUCACCGUCACACCUUUGCAACAUCACUGCGUGAAUUUCAUAUAUUCUCUCUGCGCGGACGUGAGUUUUCGAUAGUUUCCUGCCACAUCUCAGGAGCAUGCUUCUUAGGUUAUUUGAAGUUGAAUAAAUGUGAAUAGUUGUUUGUCUUUUAAGACCGUGUGAUUUACUGGCAACCAAGGGCGGCUCCAGAAAGUUUCACUGAGGGUUGCAAAUGGUGGGCAGGAAUAUUAUAACUUUCCCUCAUUAUAAAACCACAAAAUCUCAAUCAAAUGUGGUUUACCUUACCACUAUCUACUAUUUCCAUCCUUCUUACAACAUAUCAUCAUCCAGGUGAAGAUUGGGGAAAAAAACCCAGCCUAUGGGUUGACAAAUUAAAGAAUGGAAAGUACAGCUAUGCGUUUUAAAAUAUAUUUAACCGUUUCAGGGACAGCGGUCACUGCAGUGGACAGCUCAUCGUGUUAUCAUAUUACAGGGUGCAUGAAGGAAUGAGAACAUUUCAAAAAUAAUAAUUUAAAAAGUAAGUUGAAGAAGAGGUGGCCCGGUGGUCCAAUGGUUAGUGUGUCAACAUCACAGUGCAGAGGACAUGGGACGCUGGCCUUCUUGUGUGGAGUUUGCAUGUUCUCCCUGAUCCUGCGUGGGUUUUCUCCGGGUACUCAGGUUCAAAAAACAUUCAUGGCAGGCUGAUUGAAUGCUCUAAAUCACAGGUGUCAAAGUCAAGGCCCGGGGGUCAGAUCUAGACCGCCACAUCAUUUUAUGUCGCCCGCAAAAGCAAAUCAAGCAUGUCAAAUUGCAUGAUGUUUGCUAAAGUCUGAAGCAAAAUUUCAAAUUGUCAUAUGUAAUCCACAAUAACAGCAAUUAUUCUUGACUUCUGAUUUUAAAAUUAGUUAUCCAUCAAUUUGUUGUGCGCUGUGUAUGUAAUAUGUGGUGGGGAUUAAAUAUUUAUAUGGUUUCCCAAAAUUCAUAACGGCCCUCCAAGGGAAACCGUAACGACAGUGUGGCUUGCGACAAAAAUGAGUUUGACACCCCUGCUCUAAAUUGUCUCUAGGUGUGAGUGUGAGCAUGAAUGGUUGUUGUCCCUGUGUGCCCUGCGAUUUGGCUGGCAACCGGUUCAGGGUGUCCCCCGCCUACUACCCCGCGACCCUUGCGAGGAAAAAGUGGAUUGGAAAAUGGAUGGAAGUUGUAGAAGAAAACAAAACAGAAGCUGGGCCAACUAUAAGGUUAUUUGGUAACUACGUUGCAGUUGCAAACUUUCAACCGGCUCUAUGUCGCUACUUAUAAGCUAUCUUUCCAUGAGUCAGUGGGUUUGUCAGCCUCGGUGUUGACCAGUGAGGUCCACACACACACACACACACACACACACACACACACACACACACACACACACACACACACACACACACGCAUAAGGAUUUAAGAUGAUAAAUAUUCCAUCCUAAUAAUGAACAGCUUUAACAUGUCUGAUUGUCACCCCAAAAUGUUUACUUUUGUCAGGGAGGGAGAAAAAAAUCUCUCUUUACUCACCCACAGAGCAUUUGACAAUCAGGCUCUUGAUGACUUUGGUAGAAAGUGGGGAAUUGAGCUCAAAUUGGCCUGAUUAUUGCUACACUAUGUGUACCCAACUUAACCUGUCUUGUUAUAUCAAGUUUACUCUGACGGAAAAGUAAACAAGUCAUGGUGUACUCAUCCCCUCACGGGUCAUCUUGGAAUACAACCCACUGUCUUAAUUGUUGGUAUGGCUGAGAGGGGAUUUUGCAACAUGAGGUGAGAUCAGAGAGCAUUGAUCAAUUUAACAUACACUGCUCUCUUGUGGUUGUCAAGUACAUUCCUGUGAUGGAACACAUACCACAUGGAUGCCUGCCAAAGUGACAGCAUUGAAAGUCAUACGCAAAUGAAAUACUGCAUUAUCCUCGAGAACACAGAAUGCGAGGCUCCGUCAAGUCCUCAGUGCUACAGAAGAAACAACGAGUCAACUGUUUACGACUGUGAAUGGAGCAUGAAAACAACACAUAGAAAUGUGACAUUUGACCUCUACUUCGGUGACAUAAAACAUGAGGGCAUUCGAGAGACCCACGCUCAGAUCAAUGAAGAAGAGCUCAUCAAAUAUCGACGUAUUGACAUUUGGGUGGAAGCAGACAAAGGAGACUCUGUAUGCAAGUCAACCAAAACCUCUGUUGUACUCAAUGAAACAGUUAAAUUUGAAGCACCACAAGACAUUUCAGUAGCCUGGUUUCAAAAGCAGCUCAACGUGACCUGGAAAGCUGCAGAGAAAUACCCGGCCUUUGCUGAGGUCUGGUUUCGAAUAGAUGAAACCAAACCAUGGGAAAAGAGACUGAACACCACAGAGUUCAGUCACAGUAAGAUGGCAUACCAGUUAGCUGUUGGGAACCUGCAGAAGAAUACAUCCUACCAGGUUAAGCUCAGACAUCGGACCAAAGUGACUCGCAACCCGCUGUGGAGCAAAUGGUCUCCACUCGUGAUAGUUCCUGCAGCGCUUGAAGAUAAGCUGGAGGUUAAUGUGACGUUGGAACACUUAGAAGGUGCACGGAAGGUUACACUCAUGUGGAAGCCAGUUCAUCACGCGGCAGCCGUAACCGGAGUGACAUACAUCCUGAGGGACACGCAAUAUUCCGGAGGAUGCCCGUGUAAGAAGAAGACAACCAAUCUCACCAACAGGACUGAAUAUACAGGCUAUAUUUCCUACUCUCCGGUCAACUUCUCCGUGAUUGCCACAAACAAAGCAGGCUCCUCUCCCACAGCCAUCAAACAUGUACCAGCCGAACCCGCUCCCAAUUUAAAAGCUUGUAAUAAAACAUUACUGGAUGAAAAACUGAACAAGACCAACUGCCUCGAAUGGUACAGGCUUCAAGAUGGAGACUUGAGGCUAGUGGCAAGGAAGACUAAAAGAGACAUGAACGCCUUUAGAAAAGGUAUCAUGGACUAUGUGGGUUACAUUUACUUUGAGCACCUGUGCAUUAACGAGAGGCCAAAGACAGUUCAAAUGUGCCUCUAUUAUAAAAAAGAAAAUGUUCCAAAAAUAGCUCCCCAAGAUUUCACCUUCAAUGAAACACAUAGUUCCAUCACACUGUCUUGGAAUGCCAUUCCCACAGAGGACAGGCGAGGUGUCCUCACACACUACAAUGUGUGCAGUGUGCAAUUAAGUUCUGAUGACGAGCAGAAACAAGAAUGUCACCAUGUUCCAGCUUCAGUGGCCGUAUACCGUCUGGAAAAUUUGAUGCCAGUAACAAAAUACAACAUCACUGUAGCUGGAGUGACAAGCGCUGGAGAAGGUCCAAAGGCCACAGUAACUCUCAACACGCAGCUAAUUAAUCCAAUAACAGAACGGUUGACAUUUGGCUUGAUUGUGGCAUUCCUGUUUAUCUUUCUUUUAUUGGUGUGCAAGUGUAUGUGGAAAAGAAUGAAAAAGAAGAUACUUCCUCCACUACCAACGCUUCCUAUUUUGGAGUUUGCCUCUCAACAAACAAAGAAUCGGGACAUGCUGGAGGAGAAGGAGAUGGUGGUGACCCUGCAGCAAUUGCACCCAAAGGAUGCAGUGGAGACCACCACGCAGUUAAACAUUGAUAUUGAGAGACCAAGAGUGUCUGAUAGGAGGAGGGGCAAUGCUCUGAGCCCUUCUUCUAUUCAGCAAGAACUGAGGGGCUCCAAAGAGGAGGAAAUGCCAGAUCAGGAAGAAGAACAGAUGCUUGCCUUGCUGCUCUACAGAAACAGAUUGGUCUUUGAUAUGAACACGGACUAGUGUUAAAUUGCUGAAUAAGUGACUUUUUGUUUUCACACUGAUAUAAUGUUCAUUAGCUCCAGAGGUUUUCAAUCAUUGUCUUAUUUGCCUUUAGUGUAUGUAUGUGUCGCACAACCUCAUUUUCUAACCACAGAACCCCACCAAAAAUCAAAUAUGUCGGGACCAAGAAGAGGUGUAGCCAUUUGUCACUGUACUGUAUAUUUUGAAUAAAUACUUGAGUGGAAUCAA